AUGACUAUCUUUCUAGCUUCGUUGUUUCUCCCCAAAACUGUUUAUUUUAGGCUGCCACAUGCGCCACCUGCUAUUGAACGCCAUAGUCAAAAGCCGAACAAUAAAAAGCCAUCGAAGCGACCGCCUCUCGAGCUUCGCACCAGCCUUUUCCCCGAUCCGGCCAUUACUCCUCCUCGAACUCCCGAGGAAGAAGAGGCCUACCUUGACGACGGCCUUUUUGUAAACGAAGAUGGCCUGCGGGUUCUUAACGUUUCGGAUGACGAGGAAUUCAUCAAGGCCCCAGCGGAUAAGGAAUCGCCGAAAUGGGGCGGCCGGGCGAAUCAGCCGAAGUCUCGAGCGAACUCGCCACCUCCGGCUUCUUUGAUAGAGCAUGCUAAGACCUUGGAAAAGGCCAAGGAGCUUGGACGCCAAGGGGUUCUCCAACCUCGGGCCACUCGAAGUGACAGUCACGACAGGGUCUUCUCGCAUGCCAACUGGCGAAUUGUGAAUGCAGACCAAGGAAAUGGCGGCCUUCGCAAUGCUGCCGAGGCAGCAGCCCGUGAUGGAAAUGCAGAAGAAUACUCAUGGGUAGGUACGUUAGGCAUGCCCACAGAUGCCCUAGAGGGGACGCAGCAGAAAGAGGACAUCAAUGACAGGCUGGUAACCGAAUUCAACAUGUACCCCGUGUUCUGCACAGAUAAGGACUUCGAUGGACACUAUUUGCACUUCUGCAAGCAAAUUCUUUGGCCUGUCUUCCACUACCAAAUCCCUGAUAACCCAAAGAGCAAAGCAUACGAAGACCACUCGUGGCAGUUCUACGUCAACGUUAACCAAGCAUUUGCGGACAAGAUAGUUAAGAAUUGGAAACGAGGAGAUACGAUAUGGGUAAACGAUUAUCACCUCUUGCUGGUGCCAGGAAUGAUUCGAAAGAAGCUCCCGGAUGCAAAGAUCGGUCUGUUUCUACACGUUGCCUUCCCGUCGUCCGAGGUCUUCCGAUGUCUCGCUGUCCGGAAACAGCUGCUCGAGGGCAUGCUUGGAGCAAAUCUGAUCGGCUUCCAGAUCCAUGAAUAUACCCGCCAUUUUCUUCAGACGUGCAGUCGCCUCCUUUCUGUAGAGGCGACACCCGAUGGUGUUCAAUUGGAAGACCGGUUCGUCAAUGUGAUGAACCAUGCCAUAGGCAUCGACCCUGUCAAUCUCAAUGCUCAUCGUCAAGAUGAGGAGGUUAUGAGGUGGAUUACAAUCAUGAGAGACCGUUAUAAGGACAAGAAAAUCAUUGUCGCUCGUGAUAAGCUUGACCAUGUUCGUGGAGUUCGACAGAAGCUCCUCUCCUAUGAGCUGUUUCUCAACAAAAACCCCCAGUGGAGAGAUAAGGUUGUUCUAAUCCAAGUUGCCUUAUCUACUGGCGAGAAGACGGACCUUGACGCGGCUGUUGGAGAUAUCGUCACUAGAGUGAACUCGAAUUGGGCCAACCUCGCCUAUCUGCCUCUUGUGUAUUUGAAGCAAGAUAUUCCAUACCCUCAGUACCUUGCGCUAUUAACAAUUGCGGAUGCCCUUAUGAUUACCAGCCAACGCGAAGGAAUGAACCUCACUUCCCAUGAAUUCGUUGUCUGUCAAGACGGAAAAUACUCUGACAGGAAGCAUGGAUCUUUGAUUCUAUCAGAGUUCACUGGAACUUCGUCGCUAUUCGGGGGUAAAGAGUUAACUGUCAACCCAUGGAGUUACCGGCAAUGCUCCGAGGCCAUCAAGCAGGCGCUUGAAAUGUCCGACGGAGAGAAGGAUGAAAGGUGGGAAGCACUUCGUGAGAUCGUCAGCCACCAUACCGGAAGCCAUUGGUUCUCGAAAUUCAUAAGCACUCUCGAUCAGGUCUAUGAAGAACAGCACCGUCAUGACCAAACAUCUGUUCCCCGACUGAACUUAAAUACUCUUGGCCAACGAUAUUCCAAGAGUCAAAAACGGCUAUUCUUCCUCGACCUUGAAGGUACACUAAUUCCCUAUGGCCCGAUGAAUGAGAUCAUCCCCAUGAAUCCCCAGCGGACCUUGGAUGUGUUAAACGACCUCGUCGAAGAUCCUCGUAACACUAUUUAUGUUAUGUCUGGACGUAGACCAGAAGAGCUCGAUCGCCUUUUCCGCCUUGUUCCUAACCUAGGCCUCAUAGCCGAAAAUGGUUGCUUUAUUAAGAAGUCCGGAAGCGCUAAGUGGACCGAAGUUGCGGACCAUGAUAAGGUUACUACGUGGAAAGAAUCAGUUCGAGGGAUCUUGCAGUACUAUCUGGAGCGAACCCCUGGAUCAGAGAUUGAAGACCGCAAUUGUUCGGUGAUAUUUCACUACAAGCAUGCUGAUGACUAUGCAAAUGCUGAGCGGCAAGCAAGCGAUUGGACCGGACACAUCAACGAAUCCUGCGAGGAGCAGCGGGUUCACGCGACGCAGUUGGAUAACUGCGUUGUUGUUGAACCAAUUGACUGGACGAAGGACACCGCUGCCGCCCAAGUCUACGAGGACGCGAAUAAAGAUGCUCAGGACUCCCAAAACAGCCAAGUUGACUUCCUUAUGGUCAUUGGCGAUGGCCGCGAGGAUGAAAAAGUUUACAAGUGGGCUAACAGUCUAAAAGGGGGUAAUAUGGCAAAGGAUGUAAUCACGGUAAGCUUGGGGAGCCGGAAUACCGAAGCUACCUCAACUUUAACGCAGGGCGUUAGCGGUGUUCUUGUGACGCUGCAAAAGCUUGCUGGGCUUUCUUAG